UCUUGUUCGACGUCCCCGAGCUAUGCACGUCGCCCAGCUCCACACCAAGCCGCUGCUGCUGCUGCGCCUCACGAUGGCGCUGGCCUUCAUUUCCUGCCUCUGGCGCAACUCGGUGCGCACGGGCGCCAUGCGUGAAGUCGUCGCCGCCCACCGCUCGCUGCUCACGCCGGCCAAGACCGCGUUCUCGAUCUGGGGCCUCAUCUACCUCACGCUCUUCCUCUUUGUAAGCCGCGAGUGCAUCUUCCCGUCGCUCUCGCUCUUGCCAGCCCACGCCAAGCGCGUCUACGGUCUUUUCAUCGCAUCGUGCGUCUUCAACAUGCUCUGGCUCGAAGUGUUUGCAAGCGGCGCCAUUGUGUGGUCGCUGCCCGUCAUUCUCGUGCUGUGGGCGAUCACUGGUGCGCUCUACCUCACGACAGCCUCGCUUGUACAGCUGCCGACGCUCUUUGACGGUCUGGCGAUCUGGCCUCGUCGCACGGCUUACGAGUGCUCGUCGCUCUCGGACUACAUCUGCCUCCGCCUCCCGUUCACGCUCUACUUCAGCUGGACGUGCGGUGCGACGCUUAUCAAUGUGACGGUGUCCCUCCGCGGACUCGGCUACGACCUCAACCUCGCCGUGUACAUGGUGUGCUUGGCCGUGCUCUUGGCGGCUCACGUCACUGCCUUGGCCUACAAUGGCGAUAUCGCUUUCGGCGCUGUUGGUAUCUGGACGUUGGCUUGGCUGGCUGCCAAGCACGAAACCGGCCUCUCGCCGGUCGACGCCGACUACCUCGACGUCAUCCAGCUUGUCGCGCACAUUGGUGCCUGGCUUCUCGUGGCCCUGAUCGCCGGCCUUGUUCUCUUGCGCUGCUACGUCCGACGCUACGGCGCGCCAGAGCACGCGCACAUGGAUGCGAGCGGUGGCAAAAACGCCAACAUUAGCAUGUAUGGCACCCUCUAAGAACCAGAAUGCGAGUCUGUCGCCGCGUAACAAUCCAGUGGCUUGGCCCGAUGUUGUGUGUUGACACGCAUAACCUCAUUUCGUAUACCU